AUGGAGCGCGAGGAGCAGUCGGAGCUGUGCUUCCCGCAGGCGGCCAACAUCUCCUGCCGGAAGCCCUCGGCGGGCUGGUCUCAAGGCGUCUCGGGGAGUCUUCUGCUCUACUUGACCUGCGCGCUCACCGUGCUGCUCAACCUGCUGGUCAUCACCUCCAUCUCGCACUUCAGGCAGCUGCGCAGUCCCACCAACCUGCUGCUCCUCUCGCUGGCCGUCUCCGACCUCCUGGUGGGCCUCCUGGUGUGGCCCGGCGAGAUCCACCUGAACGCAGCCUGCUGGACGCACGGUGACAUCGCCUGCUCGCUGUACAACCUGGUCUCCUUCACGGUGACGUCCGCCUCGGUGGGCAACAUGGUGCUGCUGUCCGCGGACCGCUACGCCGCCGUUUGCCGGCCUCUGCGUUAUAAGGUCAACGUGACGGUGAAGCGAAUCCGACUGUGCGUGUGUUGCUGCUGGUUGUGCUCUCUGCUCCUGAGUAGCGUCUUGAUGAAGGACGACCUGGCGCACCCCGGCAAGCACGCCUCCUGCUACGGCGAGUGCGGCAUUCGCAUCGAAUACGCCGCGGCCGUCUUGGACCUGCUGGUGACGUUCAUCCUUCCCCUGGGCGUCAUCGCGGCGCUGUACGGCAGGGUGUUUGCGGCCGCCGCGUCUCAGGCGCGAGCCAUGCGCUCGCGAGUCACGGGCGGCGAGCGCCAGCGCUCUCUGCCGAUGAGAGCAAAGAAGUCCGAGCUGAAGGCGGCCCGGACGCUGGGGAUCCUGGUGCUGGUCUUCCUGAUGUGCUUCUGCCCGUACUACUGCGUGACGCUGGCUGCCGACGGCUCGCCCGGCGCCUCGGUCGUGCUCAACGUGUACUACCUCAACUCGUGCGUCAACCCCUUGAUCUACGCCUGGUUCUACCCGUGGUUUCGAAGAGCCGUCAAACACAUCGUCACUCUGCGCGUCCUGCGGCCGGGCUCCCGGAGGGCCGACCUGCUGUAGGGCGGCGGCGGCGGUGGGCUCGCUCGGGUGCGCGCCUCCGCAAAGCGGCACUCGGGAGCCGCCACGUCUUUGAAACGCGCACGUGAUGUUGUCGUUUGUGUCUCCCGUCGUGCCCUUUUUGGAUGUGG